AUGGCGGCAGCCGAACGAAAGCCGGCGCCAUUCGCCGAGCAUCAGACCACCCAAAAUGUUGAUGUAGAUGCUACCGCGGCCGUCAUAUCGAGGUGGUCCGACCUCCACGUAUCACAACCAGCAUCUGUCACCAUACCGCGGUCAGAGCAAGAUGUCAUCUCUGCGAUCCGUCUCGCAAAAAGCAACCACCUGACCGUUGUGGUUGGCGGCGGUAGUCACGCCACCUUUGUCCCAGUCGACUCGUCCACAUUAUACAUGGACAUGAAAUUAUUCCAGUCCAUAGACAUUGAUAAAGAUGCUGGCGUCGUGCGAGUCGGAGGUGGUGUUACGACCGGCCGGCUUCUCAAGUGUCUCACCGAGAAUGGUCUCUACACACCCCUGAGCGACUCGAAUUCCGUCGGCGUUGUCGGAUCAUUGUUGGGCGGAGGACACAAUGCUCAUGUGGGACUACGCGGAUACAUGGUCGACAACGCGGUAUCCUUUCGGAUGGUUACGGCCGAUGAAGAGGUGAUCAACGUCGACGCAGAAUCUACAAGCGCAAAGGCAGCGCUAUUCAAUGUGCUGUGCGGCGCAGGGCAAGGGCAUGGGGUUGUUGUAUCGGCCACGAUAAAGGUCUAUCCCCUCGCAGAUCUCCAGCUCACGAACAACAAGAUCUGGACACGGGUCAUGGUCUUCCCGCCUCCCGCGUUGGAGCACGCUGUCAAGGCUUACCUGGCAUUGCUUCCCGUCCCCGGUCCCUUUUACACCCAGCUCGUCUUCCAACGGGCACCCCCUGGUGCGCCCAUGGCCGGAAAUCCUACCAUUAUUCUUUCCGCCAGGUAUCUCGGUCCAGCGAGUGAUGCCGAAAAAGCCGCUUCGGUCUUGUUCGCGUCGGACCUGAUUGACGCCGCCGUUGGGGUAGACUCAAAGAUGAUCGAUGCCACCAGUAUGAAUGACGCGCUAGAGCCUCUGAAUGUUCAUGGAGGGUUGAAAUCUACAUGUGGCGCGCGACUGACAAAGAUCUAUGCCAAAAUGAUUACCUCGACCUUUACGAAAUGGCUCGCCGUUACCGAUGAGCUGUCGGAUGCCCACAGAUCCCUGGUCUUCCUCCAGUCCUUUAAUCCGGCCGUCUUGGAGGCCAACGGAAACUCGGACCCGGGGAAGCACAUGUUCCUCGAGGCACGGGAUCGCGGGUUUAAUCUGGUUGUGGCGACUUGGUGCACCACGCAAUCUUCCCAUGAGAAGCUGGCGUCAUAUGCAGAUGAUGUGCUGCACUUGUGUCGCAGCGAGGAUGGUGCGACACCGAGGACGAUUCCGAAUAUAAUGCGAUACAAGGAGCCUUUGAAGGAUCUCUUUACGGGCGAGAGAAUCAUGGAGCUUCAUCACUUGAAAAAGUCAUGGGACCCCAUGGGCAAUACCGGCCGCCAUGGAUCAGACGAAGCCGCGUCUGGCGCUGGAGGAGUCGGCCGCAGAGGUCCAAUAAGUGGCCUUGUGAGAGCUGUGGCCGGCGGCAUGGGUUUCGCUUCCGAGAGCAUUCACCACCACAAAGAAAAAAAGGACGAGAAGAAAAAGGCCGCGGCCGCAGCAGAAGGGGCGCAAAAUGAGGUUGGCGAGAGCUCCCAAGCUGGCGAUGGCAUCACCUCGGGCUCGGCCGUCGCUGGCGGCGAGGGAAGCAAACAAGUAUCCCAAGAUGAACCCAUUUCGUCCGACAGCGACGAAGAUGCCCAAGAAGCCUCCCCUGAGUUGGAUGAGGCGGCGUGGCAGCUUGAUGAUGCGCAGACCGAGCUCGAACCGCCACCCGACUAUGCAACCGCUACCGAAGACGAUGCAGACGACAUGGCUCGUCGGUUUAUUUCCAAUCACCAAAUACGAGCAAAGCCCCCAUCCGAAAAAAAUCGGCUGCCAGUGCCGGUCAUUGUUCCCCAGCGGCGACCAGGCGAGCGUUCUCGCGGGUUCAUCCACGCAUACGCACCUGUGCUCGAGAACGCGGGCAUUGACCAGCCCACGUUUAUGGACUUUAUCAAGCAAUUGAACCUGGCAACAAGGCCGUCGCCGUGGAUCCACGCCAUUAAUGUCGCCAGUGUUGCUGUGCAAAACGUCCCAGAGCCCAUCACCAUUGCCGUGGCCAUCUCGGCGCAGAUUGCGACCCAAGUCGGCCUCCAAGCACACAGUCGCUCCAAAACAAACGCCUUCCUGAACAAGAUCAACGCCGAAUUCUUCCGGCCGCUCGGCCUCAUCGCUGUCAUCCUGACUUGGAAGCCCAGCCGGUCCGGCGAAGUCGUCAGUCAGGCUAGAUUCGAUGCUGCACCGGAGCAGGCAGCGGACAGCGUAUCUGGUCCCGGCCAAGGCACGACUGGCCGAAUGGGUAAGAGAAUGCAGGCUUCGAAUGCGACGACGAAUUUUGAGUGGCCUGAAACGGCGCCCCUGGUGUUCCCCGACUUGGAUAAGAUGGCUGGUACCGCCCAAGGGAGAAAUGCAGUUGAAAAAGCGGCCAAGCAGCCGAACAGCGUGAAGCGCGGCAUGCUCUUCGCCAUGGAGUACAUGGAUAAACGGGGCCAGGCCCAGUUUGCAAAGGAAAAUCCAGGUAGUGGACUGGCUAAUUUAGGCGUCAAGCCCGAGUUCCAUUCGCGUUACUCUGACCCGAAUCAUCCCGCGAGCAGCGGCAGCUUGAUAGCCCUGCUCACCGGCGGUGCGGCGACAGGCAGGAUCAGCGAGAGGAACAUGGCCAGGCGUGAACGGCGAGCAGAAAGGCAUGAUCAGAGAACGGAUAGGAGAAGCAAGAGGGGACCGACGAUUCUGGGGACAGUUGGUCCUGGGGCGCUGAUUCGAGGUGUCAAGAAGUUUAUGCAUGAGGAUGUUUUGUACCUGAUGAUUGCUAAUUUGCCUUCGACUGAGCAGCUAGCAGCAGCGCAGACCUUCUUGGGCAGUCUGCCGCCGACAAUGCAACAAGAGGAUAGGGUGGCAUGA